AUGAUAAUUACAACAUGGAUUGUGUACAUUCUCGCCCGGAAAGGUGCCGGGUUCCCCUUCCCACCGAAAGUCAGUUCGGACGUGGAAGUUGUGGAGAGCGAGGCUGUGUCUGUAGUACAGCACUGGUUGAAAAAGACUGAAGAAGAGGCUUCCCAGGACAUAAAGGAGAAGAUGUCCACCAACUGCCCUCCCACGCAUGGCCAAGAUGUACAUGUGACCAGAGACGUGGUGAAGCACCACCUCUCAAAGUCUGAUUUGUUAACAAACCAGAGUCAGGAGGUCCUGGAGGAAAGAACAAGAAUCCAGUUCAUAAGAUGGAGCCAUACCCGUAUCUUCCAAGUGCCGAGCGAGGUGAGAAAUGAUGCCAUGCGAGAACGGAUAGAGCAGGUGAGACGAAGCAUAUGCCAUCUUACGGAUGAGGCAUCUCAGGAACUUCACAAGAGAAAUUCCUACUCAGACUGCUGA